AUGCCACGUCAAAGGCCUAAAAAUACACCGAGUACUUGCCAAAAUAUCGUGUACCCUACUCCGCGCGCGCACACGACGCAGACAGACCCUGGAGGGUUCUCUUAUCCACGUUCCGUUGAUUACCGGUUCAGUUUCAUCAAGGUUUUCAACAUGACUUCCUCCGGAACUGAGGCGAUCCUACCUUCUACAAUGAAACUAUCAGGCGAUCAAACUGAAGUACCAAAACCAGUCCGAGACGCUGACGUUCCAUUGUCAACGUCAACGUCAACGUUGACUCUAACCCCAACGCCAACCACCAAGAAAGGAAUCACAUUUGCGAAUCAAGAUUUACUGCCAAAACUGCCUAUCCCAGAUCUUGAAAGUACCUGUCGAAAGUAUCUUGAGUCUCUGGCGCCGUUGCAGAGUCCCAGAGAGCAUGAGGACACUAGAGCGGCGGUGCAUGAGUUUUUGAAGACGGAUGGGCCGGAGUUGCAGGAGAGGUUGAAGAAGUAUGCUUCUUCAAAGACUAGUUAUAUUGAGCAGUUUUGGUACGAUUCGUACUUGAAUUUUGAUAAUUCCGUCGUUUUGAAUUUGAAUCCGUUCUUUUUGCUGGAAGAUGAUCCAACUCCCGCCAGGAACAAUCAGGUCACUCGUGCUGCCUCUCUUGUCUCCUCAGCACUAUCAUUUGUCCGUGCAGUCCGUCGCGAGGAACUCCCUCCCGACAAAGUUAAGAACAUACCUCUGUGCAUGUAUCAGUACUCCCGUUUGUUUGGCACGGCACGCGUGCCCACUGAGAACGGCUGCAUCAUCGGCCAAAAUGCGGCGGCGAAACAUAUCGUCGUCCUCUGCCGCGGCCAGUUCUACUGGUUCGAUGUGCUAGACGACAAUAACGACCUUAUAAUGAGCGAGAAGGAUAUCACGAUCAACCUGCAGGUAAUCCUUGAUGACGCACAACAGACCCCUAUCCAGGAAGCCGCCAAGGAAGCUCUUGGUAUCUUGAGCACGGAGAAUCGUAAGGUGUGGUCUGGACUAAGGGAUUUGCUGACGAAGGAUCCUGGGUCGAAUAAUGCGGAAUGUUUGCAUAUUGUUGAUAGUGCAAUAUUUGUGUUGUGUCUUGACCAUAUGGAGCCAACAAGCACUACCGAUCUAUGCGGGAAUAUGCUAUGCGGUACGAGUGAGAUUGUCCGUGGCGUCCAGAUCGGCACCUGCAUUAACCGGUGGUACGACAAACUGCAGAUUAUUGUCUGUCAAAAUGGCAGCGCGGGUAUCAAUUUUGAGCAUACCGGUGUCGAUGGUCAUACCGUUCUACGGUUCGCCAGUGACGUCUACACGGAUACAAUCCUUCGAUACGCAAAGACGAUUAAUGGUCAAGCCCCUUCGUUGUGGGCGUCCAACAGCCCCGAUCCAGCAAAGCGAGACCCUCGCAGUUUUGGCAAUGUGAGCACAACACCACGCAAGCUUCAGUGGGACAUGAUCCCCGAAUUGAGUAUUGCGCUUCGUUUCGCGGAGUCGCAUUUGGCAGAUCUCUUGCAUCAGCAUGAGUUUCAAGUACUUGAUUUCUCGGGCUACGGCAAGAGUUUUAUUACUUCUGCAGGAUUUUCACCAGAUGCGUUUGUUCAGAUGGCGUUCCAAGCUGCUUAUUACGGGUUGUAUGGUCGUGUUGAGAACACGUAUGAGCCGGCUAUGACAAAGAUGUUUUUGCAUGGUCGAACGGAAGCCAUCAGGCCCGUUAGCAACGAAUCAAUCGAAUUUGUCAAGACAUUCUGGGGCGACAAUCCACCCGAGGCCAAAGUGGCUGCAUUGAAGAAAGCGACGGAAAAACAUACCGCAAUCACCAAGGAGUGCGCAAAGGCGCAGGGACAAGAUCGGCAUUUGUAUGCGUUGUUUUGCGUUUGGCAGCGAUCGCUCGAUGGCGUAUCGUCGGUCGACGAAUCAAUGUCCCUAGAUGAUAGGGCAUCGGAUGAUACUGGAGGAUACGCCAGUAGCGUCAGCAGUGAAAGUAUCAGCAGUGGCCGAAGUAACAGCACCAGCACCAGCAGCGGCCGUACACGGCCAACGCCUCCCACUGUACCGGCCAUUUUCAACGAUGCCGGCUGGGACAAAACCAACACCACAAUUCUGUCAACUUCCAACUGCGGAAACCCAGCUCUUCGCCAUUUCGGGUUUGGUCCUACUUCCGGCGAUGGGUUUGGAAUUGGAUAUAUUAUCAAGGACGACUCGAUAUCAAUAUGCGCGUCUUCAAAACAUAGGCAAACGUCUCGGUUGAUGGAUACGCUGGAGUCGUAUUUGCUUGAAAUUCGCAAGUUGAUUAGAGCCACGAGUCGCAAGACGACUAGUCCACGGACGAGUCGGGCGAGGGAGAUGGAGAUCUUGUCGGAGAGAUUGGAGAAUAGACGUGGACGAUUGAUCCGACAGGAUGUCAGUCAUGGACGGGGUGGUACAGAGACGCCGACUACGGAUAGCGGGGAGGUCGAGGAUGACGGGAUGGGUGGAUAUGGCUUCUUUGAUGCGGGAAUGUUGUUGCAUGCGCUCAAAGGUGUGCACGGCGAUCGUCAACGGGUUGGAGGCGAGAAGGUCGAGAGGAGAAGGCCGGUUGGGAAGAAGUUGCAGUUGACUGACUAUUAG